AUGUACGGUUGUUUUGGUAGGCAGGUGAAUGGAGUGGAUCAAUUGACUUUUACUCAAAAAGACUUGACGAAUGCGGUGGCUGAGGAGGAGAAAAAGAGACUGGAGCUUACCGAGGGUGAUGCAAAUGGGAUGAUUGAGUACUUCAACAAAAUGAGUGCAGAUAAUCAAAAUUUUUUCCAUCUGUGUAGGUUUGGGAAGGAUGGUUCCUUACAAGAUGUUGUAUGGGUGGAUGCGAGGAGCAGAGCUGCCUAUGAGGAGUUUGGCGAUGUUGUCUGUUUUGAUAGUACGUACUUGACUAACAAAUUCCAUUUGCCCUUUGCUGUAUUUCUUGGUGUGAAUCACCACAGACAGAGUAUAUUGUUUGGUUUUGCAUUGAUCUCUCUCGAGAGAGCAGAAACGUAUGAGUGGGUGAUGAGGACAUGGCUGCAUUGUAUGGGCGGUAAAGACCCUACAACUAUUCUGACGAAUCAAGAUCCGGCAAUUAGGAAAGCUGUGCAUUGUACAAUGGCUGAAACGACCCAUAGGUGGUGCAUAUGGCACAUCCUACAGAAAUUUGGGCUCUAUGAGGAACGAGUAAUGUGGAUUCCCGCGUAUUUGAAACAUUUAUUCUGGUCUGGGAUGAAAACGACUCAACGUUCAGAGAGUUUUAAUCAUUUUUCUAAAGGGUAUGUUGACAAGCAUACAACGUUGUCUCAGUUUGUUAUUCGGUAUUGCGAUGCUAUGACAGUAAGGGCCGGGGCCGAAAGAAUGGCAGACUCGAACACACAACGGUAUGUGAGGCAUUUAGUGACUGACUUCCCAGCGGAGGUGUUGUUUCAAAAAUGCUAUACGGAUGCAAAAUUCAAAGAAGUGCAGGGACUGUGCAAGAAGAUGUUGUAUGUUCGUCCCCUAGAUCACUAUGAAAUUGGUACUAAUCUAAUUAAGUUUAUUAUCGAAGACCGUGUUUGGAUCAAGCCUAAAAAUGCGAAGAAGGAUGAAGUGACAAAGAUUCGUAGAUGCUACCGGUGUCAUGGGAUCAUUUUUCGACAUAUGAUUCUUGUGUAUGACCUUAAUGGAGUAACUGUUGUUCCUGAGAAGUAUGUACUCCGUCGUUGGAGGAAGGACGUACAACGGAAACACACACGAGUAAAAGUUGCUUACCAUGAUCCAUUGACUACUGAUGAAGUGAGGAAUUAUCACAAUCUUAUGGGGACGUACGAACCUAUUUGCUCUAAGGCUUCCAUUUGUAAGGAGGCAGUGCAGGCUGUCAAAGAGAUGUUGCAUCUCAUGGAUCUGAGAGUGGAUGAAGUUCUAGCAAUGGUUGCAAAAAGGCAGCUUGCAGGAGGGAAUGAGAAUGGUCCUGGUGAGGAUGAAGGUGUACAUGGAGUUGUCCGAACGCCGUCUUCUGUGGCACAGAACAAGGGGCCUGAGGAGACAAACACACCAAUGACAGUGGCAUCAUGA